UGCAUAAAAUAUGUAUAUUUUGCAAGAUAAGUCAUCGCAAUGCAACGAAAUAGCUAGGUGGUUGUAACGUCAUUGUGUUCACGUAUAUGAACAAGUAUCAUGUGGGAAAUGAUCUAUUUAUAUCUCAAUGUGAUAACUACAUCUAACAACAUAACUAAUCACAGACAAGACCGUUGCAUACUUAUUAGUUUUGAUCAACUAUAUACACAUACACUUAGGAUAAUAUAUUAUACAUGGAUAUCAGUUUUUCGAAUAAUAUGUUAGUUAAUGGAUAAGUUAAGCAUAUAUAAAUGAAUGCUACAAAUAAAUUGAAAAGAUCCUCUGUUUUUACUGCACAUUCCAUGAAUACAAAUUCAACCACACAAUCCAUUUACAUAUAACCUAAUAUAUUCGAAACACCCCGUCCAUGUUACAGAUAAUAAUGAAGAUAUAUAAGAAAAUCUUAAUUUGGUAAUGUCAGAAAUGGAACAAUCCGUUUUGAAGAAUGUUUGGUUGAAAAAGUCUGCUUGCUUUUUGUUAUUGCAAUUAAAAAUAUCGAUCGUUACGCGGAUGUUAAGCUUCCCGAGAAACACACACAAUGUAAAUAAAAAAUGAGGAGACAAAGUUAGAAAGGUAGCGUAAAACCAUGCUAAGUGUUUAAAGGCCUCAACGUAGAGACAAAGAGUUAAGAGAUUUAAAACCUCUUCUUGGGAUAAACAAAGAAGCAUAUGCAUCAAAAACCCUAAUUCUCCCUUUUGCUCGUUUCGAUGACUAGCUAGAUUUUCGCUCCAUUAUUAAUGCAAAUUACAUUAAAAAAAAUAUAGAUAAAAUCAGUAAGCGGGGUCAAUCUGAGAAUGCUAUAACUACGAGAGAGAACACAUAAGUUUGGUCUUUUCUCUUUCGUUAGGUUUCUCUGGUUUGGGUCGGUGGAUUCCUCAGAGACAGAAGAGGGGGCCACUCAACACCAUAUCUGACCUUCACUGCUCUUUUCUUCCCUACACCCAUACAUUUGCAUGUUCUCUCCUUCUCUUCUACCAUCAACGACUCAAUCUCUCUCUAUCUAUAUCUGCAUUUAUUACACAAUCUCUCUUCCUUUAGCAUUUAUAACAAUCACGAUACCUUUAAACCGCCAUAUCUCUCUCUAUCUCUAAAUAUAUAUCUACAACCGUCUCGGUUAUAAUCUAAGUCAUCUCUUUGAUCGAUACUACUCGUAUGGAUACGUUGAGGAGUGCUUGCUUCUACUUCCUAUUAAUAGUCUUUGUCAUAUUUUCUCGGUCUCUUUUAUGCGAUUCUCGCCAUCUUGGACACAUGGAGAAGAAGCUCAGCGUGAAUCGUGACCAUUUCACUAAGAAAAAUGACGAGAUUGAAAAACUAGAAGCUCCAUCAACAAACAAGACGAGCACCGUAUUUAGCCAAGCACAUGCCGUAGUUAAUCAUGGUGAUAUUAAUGGUCAGAUCAACGGGAAGAGGACGAAGGACGAUCACAGAGUAAAACGAGCUUCAGACAAGAAGGUGUCGUCUAAAAGAGUCUCCAGAACAUGGAAAAUUCCUAAGUAUCCAAAGAAGCAGCCUAGAUCAGAUCAAGAACAUCCCGGUUUCAAUCUUGAUUAUAUGCAGCCCACUACACACCCGCCUCAUCAUAAUUGAACUCUUAAUGAUCAUGUAAUAACUCCAUGCAUAAACAAAUUUUAUAUCGUGGUUUAUCAUAUAUCAUAACUUAAAGUCACGAAGAAUUUUUACCUUUUUUACUCGUUUGAUAUAUAUCAUGAUGUAUGGUCAGAAACGACCUAGUUUUAAUAAGCUUUAUAAUUCAAA